AUGAAGCCUUCUCUAUCAAUUCCAAUUAAAACCACUACCGAUGGAAGCAGCGGUGAUCUGGUGGCUCUUGAUACCACGUCGUCAGAAGUAGACUUUGUGGCUCGAGAAUUGGGUGUUCAAAGAGACAAGACCUUUCAGGAAGCAGGUCUUUCCUUGGAGCGUUUCCCUCAGUCUUCUGAUGAGGCAGAUCUGAUUGAUAAGCUCUUGGCUGAUGAUCUUGAGAAGCUGUCGUUUGAAGAAAAAGAGCGUACCGCAUUUGACAUCCAUGGGAUGGCCCAUGAAUAUCAUGAUCCCGAGAACAUUGAUGAGCUGCUAGAGCAGUUGGAGCUGGAAAUUCGAAAGAUACCAGACCGAAAAGCCUAUGAAAAAGCCAAGUACUUGAACGAAGAAUAUGUGAUUGGUCGGGAAUUUCGGCUCAUGUUUCUUCGGUGCGAUGAGUUUGAUGUCAAGGCAUCGGCACAAAGAAUAGUAACACAUUUUGAGGUCAAGAGGGAAGUGUUUGGUGAUGGACCGGCCUUGGCCCGAAAGCUGUGUAUGAGUGAUCUCAAUGAAGAUGACAUGACGGUUUUGAAAUCAGGAGCCUGGCAGCUUUUGCCUGUGCGUGAUGUUGCUGGCCGUCUGGUCAUGUUAGUAUCACCAAGUUGCCGAGUUGAAUCUCUGGCUGUGGAAUGCCAUCUACGUGCUAUCAUGUUUUUCUUGAUGUCCAUCCUCCAAACUGAGGAUGCUCAAAAGAAGGGCAUUGUUGCUGUGAUGUGGUGGUCCGGGCAAUCACUGCUGCAAGUGCAACAAAAUAUAUUUACCCAAGUACAGCGAAUGAAAAAGCUCAGGCCUGGGAUCCCACGCAAGGUUUCUGGCAUCCAUUUCCUGCUCGGCCAAGAAUAUCUACGUCCGUUGGUUGGUGGUAUUCGUUGGUUCAUCCACGAGCAUCUCAGGGCUCGAACGCGUGUCCACUUUGGGGACUUUCAACAGCUCAUAUUCGAAUUGCAGACCUUUGGAAUCCCAACUGAUUGUCUCCCAUUUAAUGCAAAUGGACCCAUGAAUCUUGAGAAUCAUCUUCAAUGGAUUCAAAGCCGACGCAAACAGGAAGAAAAAGGCAACAACAAUACAGUUGAUAUCAUCGUCCCCCGUCGAUUCGAUGUCCUCUUUGGGCGAGGACAUCAUACUAGGAAUCAUACAGGAAACUUACGGGCUGCGCACAUUGCCGACAUGUUUCGGGACAAGUAUGAGGCUGCGGGAAAGUACGAAAAGACAGCAAUUGCUGAACGCAUUGUCAAAAUUAUCAGGGAAUCACAAGGACGGUUUUUGAAAUGGGAAGAUGAUGCAUGGGUGGAAGUGGACCAACAAACUGCAAGGAAUAAGAUCUCCCAUUUUUACCGAAAUACACGCAACAAGCCCCAAUCGAGCAGCCCCAGCAAAAACAAGGCAGCCCCCUCCUCCGAUGGCUCAGUCUCGGGUGGUUCAACUGGGUCGGACGGGGAGUCACUGGCAGCAGCUUCCUCCAAGCGAAUGUCACCAGAAGCAGUCCAACAAUCAUCGCAACGAGGUCAUAAAAGGUACCAAAGGCAUACCUAA